AUGGUUGGUCUGUUGGCGGGAUCAGAGUCGAGGCACUUGUCGGCGACGGAGAAGACCAACCUGACUUCCUCGGCGCAGGCGGUAGACGGUGCCGUAGCCGCCGGCGCCGAUGACGUCCUUGGUGGAGAGGCCCAUGAGCAUGGCGAGGAAGGACUUGGGGGUCAGCGACUGCGGCAUGGCCAUGGUGGCGGAGCGGAAGAUGACCAUCUUGCCGCCGGCCAGGCUGUUGUCGAUGAUCCUCUUCUUGUGGGCCCAUUUCUUGUAGAGGAGGAAGGAGAUGAGCAUCUUGGAGAGGAGGAAGAGGACGGAGCAGAUGGUGAUGUACAGCGCUACUAA